CCCACCCUGAUGAUUAUAAAUAUCAAGGAGAGACUUCACACUCUUCACUCUUGAUCUUGCCUCUGAGACUCAACAGCUGAAGAGGACGUCUGACACUAUGAAAGAUUUAAGGACUCUUGCGGCGUACGCACUUGUGCUGUUACUUCUGGCAACAUUCGUGUCCCAUUCCCGGAGUGCGCCCAGGGGCAGUUUUCAGCGUCGGAAUUGGACACCCCAAGCCAUGUUAUAUCUUAAGGGAACACAGGGGCGGCGCUUUGUGUCAGAAGACAGAAAUGAAGGGGACUUGUACGACACAAUACGCUUGGAGUCACGCAGCCAAAACACAGAAAACCUGAGGAUCUCUAAAGCGGCUGCAUUUCUCUUAAAUGUUCUCCAGCAAGCCAGAGACGAGGAUGAGCCUUACUGAAACCAGCUAAAAGAGCUCAAACAACUCACUGUUACAUCUGAAUCAUGUGGAAUUUAAUGUUUUCAACUUCAUCCUCAGCUACGACGAUGCCCGUGUUUUAACUUCUCUAAAAGUUCAUCACUUACUGUUCAACAUUAUCACAAGUAAUGUGGAGUUGAGUUAUGUAUGUUUCCAGAUUAUUUGUAUCAUUCCACUUGGACUUAUUUUGGACUGAUAAUUUAAGUAACUCAAGGAAUAGAGCAGAGACUGAUUUUGAGGUAUUUUAAUUUCUUGUUUUAUUUCAGGUGAAAUAAUGGGUUGUUUUUUCAAGACAGAUCUUGGAAAAAAUACUAUUUAUGAUGAUUGAAAUUCUGUGUAAUAUAAAAUAACUG